GCGUAUUAACGCGACAUCUGUGGCGUUACAUCAUGGCAUGGUGCCGCAUUUAUGUACGUAGUGUGUUAAUUUUAGUAUGAUAUUUUGUUAAUAUUCUGUAUAAUAAAUAUCCUCGGAGAAAUCGUUGACGAACCAACGUGAAUGGUCAACCUUGUCGACUUCUAAACAAGGGUGGUAAUGAUGGGCCCCUUGCAGAUAUUUACGCUAUCUGGAAAACUCGCUCCAAGAUUUCUCAGGAUUGCUCCGAAGGGAGUAAGUGUAUACCUGAGUCGGAACAAAUAUUACUAUGUAAGAGAGGACAAGGAGCAGAACUGGACAGAUAUUAUGGAAGCCGCGUCUACGCAUAUGUUUUUCCACGAGCUUUUUCGAGGCUUUGGAAUUAUUUUGUCGCAGGUGUUUAGAGAGCCAGCGACGAUAAAUUAUCCCUUUGAAAAGGGUCCCUUAAGCCCGAGAUUUAGGGGAGAGCAUGCUUUGAGAAGGUACCCGUCUGGGGAAGAAAGAUGUAUCGCUUGUAAAUUAUGUGAGGCGAUAUGUCCUGCGCAAGCUAUUACAAUCGAGGCGGAGGAAAGAGCAGACGGAUCUCGACGGACUACAAGAUAUGACAUUGAUAUGUCUAAAUGUAUCUAUUGCGGCUUUUGCCAAGAGGCUUGUCCGGUAGACGCUAUUGUGGAGGGUCCCAACUUCGAAUUUUCAACCGAAACUCACGAGGAAAUGCUGUACAACAAGGAGAAACUUUUAAAUAAUGGGGAUAAGUGGGAAUCUGAAAUUGCUAGUAAUAUCCAUGCUGAUCAUUUGUAUCGUUAAACAUUGUGUGUAACGUAGUCGCAUUUAAUGAUCAAGUAAAAAGAUGGAGUUGAAUAUCAGAGAAGAUUCCUCCGUUACUUAUGUAAUAUACGAAAUAUUUAACUAGAUCAAAUAAAAGGAUACGUGGUUAA